AUUAAUUCAAUUAAUAGUGUUGUCAAAGGUAUGCAGCAAGAACUCAAAAUGCAAAGCAUUUUUAAUAAAUAAAGAAAAACACAAGUGAAUUUAAGACAGAAAUCAAUAUGGAACGGCACCGCUUACCGCUGCCAGAGCUAAGCGACGACAAGCAUCGUCACAAGCAGUUCAAUGGACAACUUGACAGCAACCGUUUCCGGCCGCCCAAGUACAAGACGCGCUAUCUUACGUCGGAGAACAACAACUUGAAUCGCAGUCAGUCCUUGGGUUCAUGCACCGGAAACAGCUCCCAGAUAGCGCAUGCCAUCUCGUUUCGUGGUGGCUUUGAGUCCGAUGCCGGCUUGUUGCCAGUGUCACCAUCAGCAACACCUACGUCUCCCAAUGUGAGCUGCAAUGAGAGCCAUUUCGAACAGUGUUUUGACCGUUUGGCCAAACUGGGUGAAGGUUCCUUUGGUGAGGUGUUCCAAGUGCGCGAUCGCUCCGACAGUCGACUGUAUGCAGUAAAAAUAUCCAAGCAAUUGUUUCGCGGCGAGCAGUACCGUGCCGAGCGACUGGAGGAAGUGCGCCGCUACGAAGAGUUCUCUGGCCAUGAGAACUGCAUACGCUUUAUUCGCGCAUGGGAACAGUAUGAUCGUCUGUUUAUGCAAAUGGAGCUAUGCCGUGAAAAUCUUGAGCAGUAUCUAUAUCGCUGCAGGCAUAUUCCGGAAGAACGCAUCUGGCAUAUACUGCUGGAUCUGCUGCGCGGUUUGAAGUCGCUGCACAAUCGCAAUCUCAUACACUUGGACAUCAAGCUGGAUAAUGUGCUUAUUGAUGAUGAUGACAACUGCAAGCUGGCGGACUUUGGUUUGGUGAUAGAUGUGGAUAAGGCCAACAAUCAUCAGGCAACAGAAGGCGAUUCGCGCUACAUGGCGCCCGAAAUAUUGCAAGGACAGUUCUCGAAAGCGGCGGAUAUUUUCAGUUUAGGCAUUGCUAUGCUGGAACUGGCCUGUUGUAUGGAUUUGCCCGCUAAUGGUCCGCUCUGGCAUGAGCUACGCCAGGGCCUGCUGCCCGAGGAAUUUAUCAACACCAUAUCUAUAGAGUUACAGCAAGUUAUCAAAAGCAUGAUGUCACCCGAUCCGCGGCAAAGGCCCACAACGGAUCAGUUGCUGGCGCAUCCCAAGCUGCAGCAACUGCAGAAGCAGGAAAGAUCAAUGGUGACCUUGAAACUGUUGUCCAAAUGCUUAAGACGCACUCGUCGCGCUGCCUGGCUGCGUAUUGCCAAUCUUAAAACGCUUGUUUACCGUUGUCUUCUCUAUAUAUUAGAAAUAUUACCUUGGUUUAGACCAAGAUCUCAGCCUGGCAAGGCAGCGGCAGCAGCGCCGUCCUCACCAACGACUGCAAUCGGUGGAGUGCCGCGUGUGGAAUUUGAUCUGAUAGGUUCAACGCCUAUAGGCAAUCGCGAUCGUUAUGUUUCAGACUUUUUAACGGCCAUGGACACGCUGGACCUGUCACAUCAAGGCACACCGUUGGGCAAUAGCAGUGGCCGUAACAGUUUGGUCAACUCAACACCGUUAAAUCAUAAUUACAAUAAAACAACUUGGCAGCGAGGUUUUGGCUCAGCUCGAAAGGCACAGUCUGAUAACGGAAAUAUACCAAGCAACAGCUGCUCACGUGCCAAUGUGUCAGCACCAAAAGUAUUGGAUACGUCUUCGAUCCUGCGUAAGAAACUGUUUGAUGCGGAAAUGGAUGAGGAUUGAGCUCCGACGCAAUGGAAUUUAUACGCAUGCAUAUAUCAGUUCUGAAAAACAUACAUAUAUAUCAACAGAUAAUAUCGUUACAUAUAUGUAUAUACAUAUAUAUGUUUAGAAAUUAGCAUGUAGAGAGUUAAGAAACAAAAGAAUUCCCUAGUUUUAGGCCGAAAACUAUUGUGUAAUGUUAAAGCUUCUUUAGAAGAACUUGUUGUCACUUUGUUUUUUAAUAGAAAGUAAUCCGAAUUGUGAAUGAUAAUACACAUACAUAUAAUAAUGUGAUAUAUACGAAGUGCGAUUUGAAAAAGACGCAAAUUAAAAAUACAAACCACCUUCCAAUAAU